UGGAAUUCCUUCCGUGUCUCUUCUCUUCUCUUUUUAUUUUCCUUGUCGUGCUUUGGGCCCUUUACUUUUCACAUUUGGCUCUUUUUUCUUCACCUGGUCUUCUGGUCAGUUCACCCAUCGUUGCAUGUGUUUUCCCUCCGUUCUUCAUCAUGAGUCCAGGGAUUCCACGGUCAGAAGAAAAGACGAGAAGAUCGAUUGACGGCAGUCUAGAUCACAGUCUGGGACGGGGCGUCGAGGCCGAAGGACCCCCGCCACUCAGAAAUUACAUCUUUUUUACCAUUUUCACCUGUUUCUGUCCAGCAUGGCCCAUCAACAUCGUGGCUUUGGUCUUCUCUAUGAUGUCUCAGAGCAGCUACGAUAAUGAGGAUUACGACGGUUCUCGGCGGUUGGGGCGGAAGGCCCUGCACAUGGGCAUCGCCUCCUUCAUCAUCGGCCUGCUCAUCAUCAUGAUCUUCUGCAUCGUGCACUUCACUACGAAUCCAAUCUGAUGGUGCAGAAGAAGCCUUAAAGG